AUGCAGUCUGGAAUCUCAGUCUCGCAAGAGCUGCACGAUGCCUUUGCAACGUUCGCCUCCGACAACUCCAUAUUCUGCCUGCCCGUAACAAUCACCUCCGAGAGUCUGACCCCGCUUUCUCCGAUCCCCUUCUCCGGAGACGCAUUCUACCCCUCCCUCUCGCAAUUGUCGUCCGUGCUGGAACCCAAGACGCCGAUUUACCUGCUUAUUCGACGGACCGGGUCCGGAUCUCCUUCUCUCGUUGCACUGACUUAUAUCCCGUCAAAUGCGGGGGUGCGUGCAAAGACCCUUUUUGCGUCUACCCGGGCGACGCUGGCUCGGGAGCUGGGCAGCGAGAAGUUUUCGGAUACAAUUUUCGCUACGGAUGAGGAUGAGGUUGUUGGUGAGAAGGCGUGGCGGGAACGAGAGGCUGAGAAGAAUGGGUCUCCUGAAGCAGGAUACAGCCGCGAGGAUCUGAUGGGGGAUAAGGAGAGGGAGCUGGACGCUGUGCGGAAGGCAGAGGAGGCUGCUCGGAGCGGGACGCCUGGGAGAGACAUUGGCAUCGGCGGGACCUUUGCACGAGGCCCUUCCAGGAUGCGCAUUGAAAUGCAGGUGGAUGAGGAUGCGAAGGGGGCAUUACAAGGCUUGCAACAAGGGGGACUAGUACAAGUGGCCAUUGACGUUCCAACGGAAACACUCAAGCUUGUGUCCGCCGAGUCUGGAGUUGACGCCGAUUCCGUCCAAAAACAAAUCUCUGAAUCCUCGCCGAGAUACUCAUUUUAUCAUUAUCCCGAUUCCGAUGCCGUCAUCUUCAUUUACACAUGCCCAUCGGGCUCAUCGAUCAAGGAGCGGAUGCUGUUUGCUAGCUCUCGGAUGUAUGCGCUCCAAGUGGCUGAAGAACAGGGCCUAAAGGUUUCGAAAAAGAUUGAGGCCGGCGCGCCGGACGAGGUUACAGGCGAGCGGCUCCACGAAGAGGUGAACCCGCCACAAAACGACGGUAUCAGACGAGGAUUCGCGAAACCUAGGCGACCAGGGAGGUAA